AUGUAUCAGUCUCUUCCAAUGGAUGAGCGAGUAGAUGUAACGAUUCUCUUACUAGAAGUGAGUCGGGCUAUCGGCUUUCACGCCCGGGAUGUGAAGAAAAUCUAUCUAUCUAUCUAUCUAUCUAUCUAUCUAUCUAUCUAUCUAUCUAUUAGGAUAUUCAUAGCCUUAAUGUAUAAACAUACUGUUCACUUUAAGAAGCUUCUUGGUUGUGAGCUGCGCGACCAAAGAGAAAUACUAUCUAUCUAUCUAUCUAUCUAUCUAUCUAUCUAUCUAUCUAUCUAUCUGUUUGUUUAUAAUGAUAUCUAUCUAUCUAUCUAUCUAUCUAUCUAUCUAUCUAUCUAUCUAUCACAGUCUAAUCGUUUCUAUGAAUCUAUUUAUCUAUCUAUCGCAAUCUUUGACCCACCUUUAUUCAUAUCUGUUCUUAUCAGUAUCUCUUUGCUUUAUAUCUCAGGGCAGAUAUGA